GGGCGGGGCCUGUCGGGCGGUUGUUCUCCGGUACGAGAAGAGUUGCUUGGCCUGGGCCGGGAUGGGCCGCAAGAAGAAGGGGGGUAGCGGCGCGGGGCUCCGGCGGGCGGUGAUCUUCGAUGAGGACAGUCGGCGGGAGUACCUGACUGGGUUCCACAAGCGGAAAGUGGAGAGGCGGAAAGUGGCGGUGGAGGAGAUCAAACGAAAAUUGAAAGAGGAGCAAAGGAAGAUGAAAGAGGAGCGGCGCAAGGAGUACCUGAAAAUGCUGACAGAGAGACAAGAAGCCCUAGAUGAGGCUGAUGAGUUGGAACAUUUGGUGACAUCCCGAACAGAGUCUGUGAGCAUUGAUCACCCAAACCACACUGUAACAGUGACUACCAUCAGUGACCUGGACCUCUCAGGAGCACGCCAGCUAGGACUCAGCUCCUCUGGGGGAGGAGGUAGUGGAUCAGAAGAAAAGGAAACGUCGUGCGGAUUCACAAGCACAUUGCCCAAGAAGUCUGGAGAUCCCUUCCUGUCCCAGAGGAUCUCUUCACUCACUGCCUCGCUGCACGCACGCAUCCGGAAGAAGCCCAAGGGAAAGCAGCUCAGGUGUGGCCAAGACCCACACAAGAAAACCCAGAAACCUAGUGCUAGACGAACCAGCAAGUCCCAGCGCCGGAAACUGACUGGCAAAAGAGAGUGCAACCAAGACUGAUAGACAAACUGAAGUGGAAAUUAUCUGCAAGGCAAGGCUCUGCAUUUGGCAACAGUCUCUGCCUGAUGUGACUGCCUAGUUUGUUGUGGAUGGGACCUUAUUUGGAUUUUUGUUCAACAAGCUGUACAGCCAAGCCCAGCUAUCUCUUCUCCUGGUUGGAGCCAGUAAACGCUGGGCCCAUCAUUUUUCAUUGUAAUUGCAUGCAGUGGAAGGUCUGUUACAGUCUCUGUUGGGGGGGCUGUGAAUCGAGCCUGGACCUGUCUUUUCUGCAUAGGUCCCUCUUCCCUGGAAUUUCCUCUUCCCAUGGGAGCAGAAGAAAGCUAGUGUCUUACCUUAUAGAAAUGGAAGAGUUGGGUGUAGAGCGAAUACAUCUAGAUGGUUUACAAGAUGAGGGAGAGCAGCUUCCACCCGUGCUCUAUUGCAUUGACUUUGCAGCCCUCCUUGCUCAAGAAAGCUGGCCCCACUUUGAGUGUCUCGUGCUCUUUGCACAAAGCCACAUGCCUAUAUACAGAUAACCAGGGUGAGAUUGGUAACUUCCUGGUGUAAAUCUUUAUAAAUAUCACUUUGUAAGAGUGCAAAUGUGUGUGCCUUAUUGCAGAUGGGAUAGAUAGACUAAGCCCAGUUCCAGCUGGGAGGAAAGGGAUGGGUCCUGUUGUUGAGGGGUGAGGAGGGCCUUGAAUUCUCCAGCACAUAGCUCCUCAGCGAGGAGAACGCAUGUGGAGAUGUUUUAGUGACAGUACUGAGAUAGGCAUGGCAGGAGUGAAUUGCUCCAUUGGUCACUGAAGGCUGCUAUCUUACAUCUGAUAGUGUGACAUUUGUGAAGAGUAAGAAAUCCCCUAGUGCACUGGCCCAACUGUGUUGUUGUGCCCAUGGUGAUGGCGGAGAUCUCCCCAGGCCUUUGCAGUGGUCGUCUUCUGACCUCUUGAAUGUUUGUGCCAGAGGGAGCUGUUUGGUCUCCUGUGGCUUGACUAGAAGAUUUUGAGCUAGUCUACCCAACAAGGGCUUCGCUGUGUAGCUGUGUCAACAAAGCCCCCCUAGUGGAGACUCCGUGUAUAGCAGCAAAUGUAUAACUUCACCCUGUAGUUAAACCACCUCUCUAGAUGACCUAAAAUACGACUAAAGGACUUUCUUGCAGGUAUAAGAUGUGUCUACGUGGGAGGUGUUGCUGGCAUAGCUCUGUUGAUCAGGGAUGUGAUUUUUUUUUCACACCCCUAACCAACAUAGUUAAGCUGGCAAACUUGGUAGCAUAGGCCUGGCCUGUGUCUAUAGAAGUUGGUGACCCCUGAUUUUGGAAUUUGGGGAGAACCGUCUAAAAGAAGAUUAAAAGGGGAGGGAGCUGCUCAGCAAGAUCAUAUUGACCUGGAAAAAUAUUCUCUCUGCCCCGGUCAGCUUUUCACCCGACGUUCUUAUCCGUCCCUCCAGGAGAGCAGCACCAUGGCACAAGCUCUGCCAGGCCUCUGGGCAAUGAAAUUACUAUCACCUUUAUGGUGAGCUCUUUACGGUGACUUUAAUAUACCAAAUAAUUUCUUCCCCAUUCCACCACUCAAAAAUUCUGCUGGAGUGAAGGAGAAAAGGGCCAAAUGGGGGGGUAGUGCUAUGCUAGAAAAUUAACCUCUCUAUGGCAGGAUCUAUGAAACCUCAUUAGGUGAUCCUAUGCUGGAAGGGUUCUGAUCUGCAUAAAAAGCCUGGGUGGGGAAGAAGCACUUGAGUUGUUUGUUGUUUUUCUCCUCUUCGCAACAGAAUUUUAGUCUUAAUUGAGACAAAGUAAGUUAAAUAAAGGAGCAGCUGUGUUCCAUUCGUGUGCUGUAUGGAACACACAG